UCUCUCUCUCCGUCAUUUCGCAGGUCUCGUCGCGAUUCGAGACGCCGAUCCUCUCUUGCUUGCCCGAAGCAUCGUCGACGAGAUCGCUGGAGGUUGUCUUGGUUGGUUGCCCUUCUGGAUCUCUUUCUCAUCAAUUCAUGGUGGAUUGUGCGGUUGAGGUUCGAAGUCGCGAUCUUGGUAGUGUUCCUCCGCAUUUGUUUCAUUUGGAUUUUUCUCUGGUACCCAAGUUUGGGAGUUGAUUUGGGGGAAUAGCGAAGCGAAAUUUUCGGCUGUCUCUUGAUUCGGUUCUUCAAGAGGAAAAGUGGAAGUUCCCGGCGGAUCUGGUUCCGCCUGCUUCGAAUCAGGGAGUUGUGAGAAGGAAGGCGAUAGGGUUUUGAUUCGAGCGGAGACGGAGUCGUCAUGUUCUAUGGGGCGGUCGUGUGGGAUCCGUGGCUUAUCGUGUCGCAGAUCGUCUGCCUCCUGUGUCUCUACUAUCUGACCCUCGGAUUGUUCAUGGCCGUUCUCGUUAGCGCUCGAGUGCCCCGAAUGAGCCUCGUGUACUUGUUCGAUUUCUCGACGCUUGUGACUUCCACGAUCACCGGAUGGUGCGCCAUCGCCUCGUUCCUUCUCAGCUCCCUCGCCGGGGCAGGUUAUUUGUUUCACUUGAUAGAAAGAGCUAAAAAGUGCUUGGAUUUUUCAGCUACUCUCUACAUCAUCCAUCUCUUUAUAUGCAUCAUAUAUGGGGGUUGGCCAUCUUCCAUUACCUGGUGGGUUGUUAACAUCACUGGUUUGGCAUUGAUGUCAUUCCUCGGCAAACGGUUGUGCAUCAGGCGUGAGUUGCAAGAAAUUCCUAUUGCAAGACUUCGUUCAGACCAUGCGGACCAUCAUCACAAUGGAAGCAUAUGAUAGUUUGAGAGGAUCCCGCUCUUAAUUUAUACCUAGAGUGAAGGAUACCAAUAAAAGUUAGUGGUAUGAAACAACAAAACCAGGUCAGCAGCCAAUUCAGUCCAUGAAGACCACACAAGAGCAGCAUGUAAUUAUGACCAAAAACAAUUAUCGGACAUGGUACUCAAGAUCAUGAAUUUUCAUCUUCUGCCGUAUUCUGUCAUAAUCUUGUUGUUUUUCUAAUUCAAGAACAACCUAUAAUAUGUCCAAUGAGUAAGCUUACUUUAAGAAUUCCUUUGGUUGUUCUAUUGCAUCUGAUUUAGCUGCUCCAUCCAGCUUAGUUUAGGGAACUUUCUGCAAUUAUACUUUUCUUCAUCCAUGGGUAUUUUGCCAGUCACUAGUGGGCGCUACAUCCACCAUCGAUGUUGUUCUUUUAAGAAUUACCACUUGAUAGUUUUGUCUUUACAAAUGAUUGACCUAAUUUACCAUCAAAAUAUAAAAGCCAUGGGAUCUCAUUGCAACUCAGGAUGUAUGUCUAGGCCUUCAACACAAACUGAUGCUAAACUAAGCUCUGCCUUUUAGGGAGAUUUUUAUAUUUACCCUUGUGAAUUGUAUGUUAUUGUAGGAUAUCAAGAAUCAAAAACUUUAAAUGACUUGUAUGCUCUGAUUUCUUUCUUCUUAUUUUUUGUACUAUUUAUUAGUUAACUUUU